GGGGGGAAGGGCCACACAUGAGUCUAUAAGAGCAGACAUCAGCUUUAUCCUUCUGUGACACUCACUCAGGAACGAACCCGAACAAACUCACACACACAUACAUACACACACACUGAUCCUCGGGAUGGCGACACAGAAAAAAAGCCACAAAGCUUCAUAUUGCGCCUUCUUCAUCUGUCUUUUUGCCGUCUUAUUUCAAGGUGUGAUUUGUGAAGAAAGAGCUGUGCGUGGGGAUGGUGAUCUACUUAUUACGACACCUAAAGAUACCUCUCAGAUGCAGAUUAUCAUUUUUCCCACGUUCAUAAACGAUUCAACACCCGCAGUAAAUGGCAGCAGUGAGGCUCACUCAACUCAACGUACCAAAACCAGCAACACAGUCCAGCCUGAAAAACACAGUGUCACUUCAAAGAGCAAUGUGGUCUGUGUGGAUAAAAAACCAGAGCAAUACAAACAUGAUGUGCUGCUGAAACUAAAGGCCUCCUCCACAUGUGAAGAGACUAAAGCCAAGAUACAGUAUGUUCUAGACGUUCUCUGUGGUGAAGACUGCAAACUUGAAAUCUAUCAGAUAGACAACACUGAUGAGGUCAUUGUUUAUGGAGACAGCAUUGAAGAUGAUCCUAAAGGAAUGGCUGGGAAGUUCAACAUCGACAACAUUACAGAUAAGGUGAAUGUAGACGAAGCAGUGGCUAACAUGGGCCAACGCUCCAAAAUUGUCCUGAUCUCUAUUCUGAUAGCGGGUUUGCUUCUCGCUGCUUUGCUAAUUGCUGGAUACAUUCUGAAGACUCAUCGAGGGAAAUCAAAAGGGAUGCGACUGGCUGAGGACUCUUUCCAAGUGGACCAAGAAAACCAAGGCAACACACUGCUGUCUGUGGCUCCUCUGCCUCAACAAGAACCUCUGGACAAGCCCAUCAUCAAUGGAGAAUCUCCAGACUCGCCACCCACCAACGGACACAAUGCCACCCAGACACAGGUGGCAGAUACUCCCAUGUAAUAGGAUCAGAGUCAACAUCAGACCAAUAAACAAACAAAAAAAAGAGUUAUCAUACACACAACAACACUUGAUGUGGUAAAAACUGCAACAGAGACGAUGGUGCUGAGGAAAACAAUGAUGAAAGUACAAGAAAGACUGAUCUCUGGGUAGCUCUUUUAUGUAAAACUGAGAGAUAAAAGAAGCAAAUCUGCUCCAGUUGUGCUUGAAAUGCUGAAUAACUCCACAUCUAUUGCAGUAUAUAGAAACAUCAAACAUUUUAAAUAUGUUUUGACUCCAACAGUGCAAAAAUUUAUAGAUUCUGUGCCAAAGAAUAGAUCAUUUUUUAAGGAAUUUGUAAACUGCAAGUAAUGAAUAGGAUUCACAUUGUGCAUUUAGAUGAGCCAACAUUUCAAGUAUGCCUUUUCAGUCUGGAAAAGCAUGCUCAACAGCUUUUUCAUAUACAGUAGCACAUAGAGACACAGAUGUUUCUUAACAUCAAUUAAUUAAUUACAUAUCAUAAAAUGAACAAUGUAGAUUAUAACAGUUAUUAAAUCCAGUUAGGCCAAUGCCUCUAUUUGGUGUUUAACUUGUGUUCGGGUGUUAACACUUGUUUGGAGUUUUGUUAGGACUCUUCUUACUUCGUCAAACGUAUGAAUGGACAAACCUACAUUAAGGCAGCAGGAAAGCAAGCGACUAAAAAAAGAACAAUUUCAAUCAUAAUCCAUCUAUUCCGGCAGUGAAGUAUGAAGUCUAUAGUUUUGUUGCGAUUUUACACAAUACAUCCCAUAACAAUCACAUUCAGUCAGUCUCCAAGGUCUUUUUUUGUAGGUUGGUUAUACAAGUGCUCACGCUACGAAAGCAAUCCAGUCUAAAGCAUUUUCAAAAAAGUGGACAAGUGAAAGUGGACAAGUUUAAAACAUACUACUGUACAAUCUGAUUUUAGCUUCAUCCACUUGUGUUUAUAAUUGACAGUGAUGCAUCUUAAAGGGAUAGUUCACCCACAAAUGAAAAGUUACUUAAUAUUUACUCACCCUCAAGUGAUUAUAAAGCUUUAUGAGUUGCUUUAGUCCUAUUCAGACGAAAGCUGAAAAACGGUAACCGUUGACAUACAUAGUAGGAAAACAAAUACCAUGGAAGUCAACCCAGCAAGCACAAGAUGUCAAACACUGAUGUCAUACUGACGUUGUACCCAUGGGGACUUUGCAUUUAGUUUGGAAAUGAAAAUUGGGUUGAUGUCAAAAUCCAACAUCCAAUUUAAAAUCAUCCAAAUAUAAACAUCUAAUGGUGUAACAGCUUGACCUUGUGUGGAGGUUACCAGUAUGCCGUCUAUCAGACGUUGGAUUUUGGUUGCUAUACCUAGCAAUUGAAUAUAUGACGUUGUUUUCAGAUGUUGACUCGAUGUUGGGUUUUGGUCUCUUUCCAACACAACCUAAAAUCAACCAUAUAUCAACAUCAUUUGAUGUUAACAUUGAAUGUCAAAAUAACGUCUUUGAUUAAACAUUGAAUUUUGGUCACCUGACUUUGCAACCUACAUCUAACCUAAUAUAUAUGUCUUAUGCUGCGUUCACACCAGACGCGGAACGCAUGUCAAGCGCGAGUGAUUUACAAGUUAAGUCAAUGCAAACACGCGAAUAGACAUCCUGCGGCGUGAUACGUGUGAAUGGCGCAGAGCGAAUGACGCGAAUUACGCAAAUGGCGCGAUGCGAAUAACGCGAUACGCUAGAGGCGAAUUGAGCGUUUAACGAGCGUUUCGCCCGAAUCUCUCGAAUUCGAAAAUCUGAACUUCAGCAGAUAUUCGCGCCGCGUAAACCAAUCAGAAGCUUGCUCUUGUGGGGGCGUGAUUGUGACGUAGAACCUGUUGAUGGUGUCCUGGGGGAAAUCCUCCAGGCGACACCGACAACAAGUCAUCAAACUGGGCUUGACUCAGUCAGAAGCACUGCUGAAAGCCUCCGUCAUCCAGGUUCAGUUUCUGGAGGAGUUUAUGAGCUCACAGAGCUGGAUGCACCUGUGAAAGCAUGUAGUGAACUCAGACAUGGUCCUAAACUUAUCGACGCUGUUUUUUAGCCUUCAUGAAGUACAUAAACACUGUUAUUUUCUUUAUAAAAUACUUGUUAGCCAUUUAGCAACGAAGCUACAGUCAUCGGGCCAACAGAAGCCCUGCCCAUCACGCGAAUCCGUGUCUGUUCUGAAGUGAAUUAGACACGCGAAUGAAGCGGAUUUCACGCCCGAAUGAAGCGGGGUUUGACGCGCGAAUGAAUCGAGUAAACUCAAAUGUUCACGCGGCAAUUUACACGCGAAUACCGCGAUUUAGCACAGCAUUGUGAUGUUGUGUGACUGCUAGAAAUGGUUACAGGUUCCCAGCUUUCUUCAGAAUACCUCAUUUCAUUUUUAACAGAGGAAAGAAACUCAAAUAAGUUUAGAACAAGUGCAGGAUGGAGUAAAUGACAGAAUUUUCUGUUUUUGGGUGAACUAUCCCUUUAAAAACAGGUGUAAAUGAGAGUAAUUGAUGGUUUCUUCAUGUAUUUUUUUUUUACUUUGUAAGCUGUGCUGCAAACAAACACAAAUUAACAAUAAUACUAAUAGAUGAACUGUUUAUGUAAAAGAAAA